AUAUUUACAUCUUAAACGGUUUAUUGAAGAAAUGUCCAAGCCAUUGCAUUUGAAACCAACUGAUAGCCUCUAAAACAGGUGUUUUUUGUAAAUCAUAUAUUAACAUGGUAGUUUAGGCAAGCAAUAUGAACUUAUAUGUUGUUGUAGCUUUUGUAUAUCGUACUCUCUUUGUUAUGUUAUGGCUGAUGGACUACGUGGCUCCGGAUCCUGUACAAAAUCAAGGUCCGAAGCUAUUUAUUCCUAUGAAAACAUCUACACAUUUCAAGAGCAAACAAUCAAAUGGAGCAAAGAAGAGAUCAUGGUCUUACAAGACUUUUACAAAAUAUAAAUUAAAUUAUCAUGUCCCUUUCAAAGAAGUUCAUGGAAUCUCCUCACAUGAUGGAGACACUAAAAAUGUGCUGAAAGGACCAUUACUUAAACCGAUGCGGCUGAGUGUUAUUCCACUAAAAGACCAAAUUGUCACAAAGCGGAAAAAACAUUUGAGGAAAAAAGCAAACGCUGAAGAAUUCAAGAAAAAUCUUAAGCAAUUAGAAAAGAAGAAGAGGAUUUCUGAUGUUGUGUACAAAACUAAUAAGCUUGCCCAUGCAAGAGUAAAGAAAUCAAUAUUAUCUCAAGGUUUGUUUGUAAUAAAAGACGAUGACUCCGACAAAAGUGAAAAUGGAACAGGGGACAAGCGUACGUCGGUCAAUAGAUUAACCAAUCAUAAGCGACCAUUCAAAGUCCAGAUUCCCUUGGCGUUGGCYAAAGUGCUCUUCCCACAAGUCAUGAAUGAUUAUGAGGAGACAAUUAUUGACAUAUUCCCCGUAAGAAAUAAAAACGGUGGGAAAACGCUAAGGCUUAAGGUGUCGCAUAAGGAGCCAAAGUUCAAUGAAUCUGAAGCGUUGCAGGGUGCUCAGAAUGAUAAGAGCACUUCCAGUAGGUGUUAUUCYGGGGCAUCUUGUUUUGGAUGCUGUAAAGAGUGCUGYCCGCAAAGUAAAUGUCCUGCAGAUAAGAAACCAAAACCGUACGGUGGCUGCAAUUGUCCUCAAUUUCCAGUUUGUCCUCCAAUUUGGUGUUGUGUACCAGAUACAGAAUCUGAAACUGAUUCUAAAAAGCCAAAGAAAAUGACAGCCAAAUCACCAACUACAAAGCCAACGAAUCCUCCUUCGCCCAGUACUUCGCCGUCACCCCCACCAACAGAUCCUCCAACUCCCUCUCCUACAACACCACCCGCUCCAAAAACAGCUCCUCCACCUCCAGUGCCUCCACCCCAUCCCCCUCCCCCACCACCACCACCACCACCUCCAGCGCCUCCACCGCCACCGUCCCCUCCCCAGGCUGCUUCUCCAUCACCAGCUCCUGCAGCGCAAUCACCUUCUCCACAACCUCAACCACCACCAUCACCACCCCCAUCGCCUCAACCACCACCACCGCCAUCACCACCACCACCGCCUCCACCGCCCCAACAACCUUCUUCAGGUCCUAACCCCUCACCAUCACCACCCACAGCAGCCUUACCACCAAUAGUACCACCUCCGUGUAUAAUUCCUCAUGUAAAGGUAAUUCUUCUCCAACAACCAUCACCCCCUCCGCCUUGUGUGCCCCAGGAGGCGGGGCCGCUUAUCUACGUAGCACCGAAGGAGCCAACAGCUCUUCCACACCACGAACACACAAUUAUACCUGACCCUCCGGUCCAUCAUGUUCAGCAACACGAAAUAAUGUCUCCACCACAAAUGCACCACGUUGGACAUCACGUACCUCCAGUUAUUCCUCAUCCCCUUCUUCAUUAUCCAGAGACAACACUGCAUCCACCACAAUGGGAGGAGCAACACAAUGCUGGGUUUGAUUUGAAUGGUCUGCCCAACUAUGAUUUACAAUCCCCAGUUGUAGAAAGCAAUGUUUUUCGGGAUGAGCCUCAUCAUCACCGUCACCACCAUCAUCACCACAAUCCCAUCUAUGAUGACCCUAUUAACCCUUCUAAGUAUGUCACAGAUGCCGUWAUCAAUGGAGUCGUUGCUACACCAGGUGACUGCAUUGACCAAAGUCCAAGAUGCCCAGGCUUUGCGCUACAAGGCAUGUGUGACACUCCCUCUCUAUUUUACCACGUUAACAAAGUACAAAAGCUAUGUCAGUCAUCCUGUGGAAUAUGYAAGGGUGGAGAAAGUGGACCAAGCAUCUGGCUUAAAAGGAAAAGCAAAAUAUCUGCCAAAGAUAACAAGCAACAACAACAGUUUAAAACUCUCUUAUCGGCUGUGCUUGCAAAACGAAUGAAUUCUAACAAAAAGCAAGCAAACUCCUAAAAUGUCAAGCAUUUUGCAGCAAGUAMUUGCCUUUAUUAUUUUCAACUGCUAUACAGUCACUCGCUUUUACGGACACCCCCGGAACCGUAAUUUAGUGUCCGCAGUAACGAGAGUUACUUUCUGAGUCAUUUCUUUGUAUUUUUUUGCUGGGGAUUCAGUAUUUUACUGUCCGCAAUAUCGAGGUGUCCAUUGUAGCUGUGUGUCCGUAAGGCGACAGUUGACUGUAUAUAUAUUCAUUCAAACAUUUAGUUUAGGUCUUACAAUGAUUAAAUUGCAUUUUUUUUUUCAUUCGCAAACAACUUGCAAAUUUUCCUAAUCGCUGAUCGUGUUCAAAUUUU